AUGAACCGACUCUUUGGCCGGGGGAACACGGCGCCCAAGCCGUCGCUCAAUGACGCCAUCGGCAGCAUUGACGAGCGGGUGGGGUCGCUUGACGUCAAACUCACCAAGAUCAACUCCGAGCUUCUGACGUACCAGCAGAAGAUGCUGCGCAUGAGGGAUGGCCCUGGUAAGCUGGCGCUUAAGCAGAAGGCACUUAAGCUCUUGCGCCAGCGGAAACAGAUCGAGGCUCAGCGGGACCAGCUUGAGAGCCAGCUGUGGAACAUGACCCAGGCGCAAAUGACCACGGAAAACCUCAAAAACACCAUGAUCACCGUCGACGCCAUGAAGACGACGAAUAAGGCGUUGAAGCAACAGUACGGCAAAAUCGACAUCGACAAGAUCGAGGAUCUCCAGGACGAGAUGCUCGACUUGAUUGAGAAGUCCAAUGACUUACAGGAGGCGUUGCUGACCAAUAUUGGUGACGUUGACGAUAUCUCGGAAAGCGAGCUUGACGCCGAGUUGGACGCGUUGGGAGAAGAGAUGGAGUUUGAACGUGAGCUUGGCGAAAGUACCGGUGGCUUACCGCUGUACUUGGAAGAGACCGAGCUUCCUAAAUUCAUUGAUGAGCCUGAAGAGCCUCAAAAGGAGGCAGCAGCGUGA